AUGUAUGGGAAGUCUGGGAAGCUGAAACAGGCCUGGGAGAUCUUCCUCGCAAUCUCUUCUUCCGUGGCUUGGGAUUCGUCGGCAAUGAUCGUGACUUGGAACACUUUGAUAGCAGCCUUCGCAGUACACAGCGACCCUGCCAGCACUCUCGAGCUCUUUCAGAUGAUGCUGCUGGAAGGCAUUGCAGCUGACGGUAGAACUUUCAUGGGAAUGCUCGACGGUUGCACCCACACUGGCCGUGUCGAGCAAGGCUGCUACUACUUCGGCCUCAUGAGCGACCACUGGAUAGUUCCCGAGAAGGAGCACUACGGCUGCCUUGCGGACCUGCUGGGACGGGCGGGGUGGCUGCUCGAGGCCGAGGAUUUCAUCAAGAAAAUGCCUGCGUCGGUGGUGGACGACUUCAAAUGGAUGUCUCUGCUGGGGGCUUGCAAGAUGCACGGCGACGUCUCGAGAGCGGAGCGUGCCGCGAAACAAGCGGUGCAACUCAACUCGCGAAACUCGGCUGCUGCUUACGUUGCACUCUCGAGUGUGUACGUCGCUAAUUCUACAAAGCUCCAUCGACCAUGA